UACAGCACGUUCUUUUGAAACUGAGAAAAUACAAAAGAUUCCACACUGUCCCUGUGUAGAGCAGUUUGAGGAUUUGUACAUUUGUGUGAUAAUUCUUUGGUGUAUCAUCAUGACGAGUGAUGUGCUCUUGGUGCUUUUAUCAGUUCUAAGUCUCUGUGUCAGCUCUCGUGUGUUUUACUAUGUCUCUGUGCCAAUGAACUGGACGGAUGCUCAGAAGUACUGCAAACAAUAUAACACCGAUCUAGCAACCAUUUAUGACCAGAAGGAUGCUAUGUUGAUACAAACACAAACUAUGGAUUAUACAUGGAUUGGACUGUACCGGAUGAAUGAUAAUGCUCCCUGGAUGUGGUCCGAUCAAAGCACCUUCAAUUAUAGUUCAUGGUAUGGACAGCCCGACCAAGUCGGUGACUUCCCAAUCUGUGCAACAACUUAUCCUGAUGGACUGUGGGACGAUUGGCCAUGUGGCAAUGUAUUCCCUUCUGUUUGCUACAAUGAUUCUCUUUCAGUUACAACUCAAGUCACUGGAACAACAAUGCCCUCUACAGUUAUGACUCAAUUCACUGGAACAACAUCGCCCUCUACAGAGGAAAAGAAGACACAGAGAGUGAGAGUGCAGGUGAAAUCACGUCAAAAUAUGAAUGACCCUCAAGUGCAGAAAGAGAUUUUACAGAAGAUUGAGCAGAUACUGAAGCAGGAGGGGUUACCAUAUGAUGCCAAACUGUCUUGGAAAAACCAAACAGAUGGGAAUGUCUUCCAAAAGUUCCAGAAGCGUGAAUACACUAAGCAGACUUGCAAUUGAUGAGGUGCUUCAUUAAUUAAUAAUUGAUUAUUCAUAACUGACACAAAUGAUCGAAUUCAUGUCACAUAAGACGUCUGGUUCUGAAAACUGCAGCGGUCUUGUUUUUGCAAGAGUAUUUUGGCAAACCUAAUGUCAUCAUAUCAAAUCAAGCCAACAUGCUCUGAUCAGAAUUUGCUCAUCUCAAACGAGCCUGUUGUCAACUUGUUGGAUCAACUAUCAUUAAACCUUAAAGAAAACAGACCCUUUUCAUGGUCUUUGCUCUUGUAUGAUGUAUAAUUGUAUUUAUGAGUCUGUUCUAUGAUGUUUGUCUUGUAGAGGACCUCACAUGAACCCACAGAAGAAAACAUCUGCUCUCCUAAAAACAUUAGACAGUCAAUUUAAACCUCUGCGCUUUGGGUUGAGAUUCUUGGUCUUGAAUUUAUCUGGCCUCUUAUCUGGUGAAUUUUUGAAUAUAUUAGAAAAUAUUCUGUUGAAUUUAAAGCCUAAUUAUUAUUAUUAUAUUUCAUGACAAAUGUAUGAACUUGUAUAUUACUAUCAUUAAAAUAAAAUCAUUUAUUACACAUUCCUCUGAAAUAUGUGAUUGGACAAUGGCAACAUCCUGAAUAUUUGCAUCAUGAGCACUCAAGUCUUGUCCUUAAUUUAAUGUAUCUCGUAUCACUCCACACUAGUCAUGUUUCUGUAAUUUUUAAUUUAUGUACAAUGUAAUUUAUGCACAAAAUUGGAAUAUUGUAAAAACAUUUUGUGAAUAAAGCAGCGAUGUGUU